AUUUGGGAGUUUCGAAGACGGGAACUUACCAGGUUGACCCAGACGGGGCACUUAUCGGUGAUCCACCCAUCAAAGUAUUCUGUGACAUGGAAACAGAUCCGGUGGCCACAAUCGUUCUGCACGACUCCAUGGAAACCAAGGAGGUAGAUCGCUGCAGUCAUCCGGGCUGCUAUGGUCGAAAGGUCACCUACGAAGCAUCCCUGAAGCAGAUCGUCUCUUUGAUGGAUCAGUCGGAGUCAUGCGAACAGCAAAUGAUCUACGGAUGUUUCUCGGCCGGCGGAAAGAACGACGAGAUGCCACAUUCUUGGUGGAUCGAUCGUCACGGCCGACCUCAGCACGACUGGAACGGAGCGAACGCGGGAGAACACACGUGCAACUGCGGGCUUCACGGCGACUGCUCGGAUCGCUGGAGCCCCGACGCGGAGGCACCCGGCUGGGAAUCCGACACCGGAGUCAUCGCCGACGUCGCAGCGCUGCCCAUCACCGAGAUCCGGUUUGGGGAGUCCGAGGGCGAGAGGGCGACGCAUACUCUGGGUGGAUUGACUUGCAGGGGCGAGGCGGCUCGAUCGGAGAAUCCCGAAACGUCGUGCUCGUCUAUUCGCCGGGAUGGAAACACGCGCUCCGGUUAUCAUCUGAUCAACAAGGAAAACGGCCGGUUUGAGGUCGUUCUUUGCCGGAUGGAUUUGGAGGAGACGGAUCCGGAUUUUCAGGUGGAAACCGGCGCUACCAUUCAAUCUGGAGGGGCCAUCUUCGACGCAUACAGAACCAAUAAUUAUAACACUCCAGCCUCAGUAAUUAAAUACGAAUCUUCGAACGUGAACAUUGGCAACGCACUGCAACUCUCGACUGGAAUUUUUACCGCACCGAUCGCGGGUAUCUAUGCCUUCCAGUUUCAUUGUUUUAACGGCGAUCACGGAACGGACUUUCUCGUGUACAUCAGGCAAAAUGGGGCUAGGAAAGCGGAAAUCCGGAAAUACAGUGGGACCAUGGACGCCGAUUUCGACAUGGUCGGUCAAUCCGUCAUUCUCCAGCUCAGCAGGAACGACCAAGUCGACGUCUACCUCGACUACGGAGAUGUCUAUGGAGGCGCGGGUAGAAUAUAUACCCAUUUCAUUGGAUAUUUGCUGCAGGCUCUGUGAGACGAGGAUGAGGAAAACGCUGAACGCUCGCUUCCAGGAUUUCUUCUCUAUCCUUUUUUUCUUUAACUCCUUUUCUGUGUCUCCCGUCUCCCUCAAUAAAUGAAAUAUUCAAUCACA